AUGAAGAAGAAAACAGAGGAAGUUGUCAUCGAUGGAUGUCCCAGAAAACCUCCUAGAUCCAGAAAGAGGAAAAGCUCAUAUGACAAUAACGACACCUGCAAUGGAAAAUAUGUAAAGCCUCAACCGGAAUUCGCAGAGGUUAGAUCCAAGAAUCCACGAAAGCCGUGUGUCCAAGCUGAAACUAAGAAACAACCAAACUCGACAAAAGGAACCAGAGCGAGGAGGAAAGUGAAAACAAAGGAACCAUUAAAACUUGAAUAUAAUGAUGAGGGUGAUAUGACAUAUCGUUGCACUCACUGUGAUGCUAAGUUUUGGUAUGGUGAACGUAUCAACAAGAAGAAGAGGUCACGCAAUCCAGUCUUCACGCUUUGCUGUAUGCAGGGACAAGUAACGUUGCCGUUGCUAAAGGAUCCUCCUCCUGAAAUUAAAAAUUUGAUUUAUGGAGAUGAUGAAUUAAGCCGACAUUAUCAGAAGCACAUCAGGCCUUACAGCAUGCUUUUUUCCUUUACUUCAAUGGGUGGAAGAGUUGAUCAUUCUGUAAAAAAAGGGAGGGGUCCACAAAUGUUUCAGUUGCACGGAGAGAAUUACCAUUUAAUGGGCAGCAUGAUUCCACAACCUGGAGAUUAUGCAAAAUUCUAUCAGAUGUAUAUUGUUGACAUGGAGAAUGAGAUCGAAAAUAGGCUCACUUUCCUCAGCAAGGCUAAAAAUGCACAAGAAUCAACUAAGAAGAACCGACUACGGAAGGAAAUCAUUGAAUUGUUCGUCAAGGUCUUAGAUGAGCACAACCCGUACGUGAAGACAUUUCGGUCUGCAAGAGAGAGAUUCAACACUGACCCUGAGCACAGUUUUCACAUGAGGAUUAUAAGUGAUCGUGUUACUGAUGGAAGAACUUACAACACUCCUACGGCUUCUGAGGUUGCUGCAAUCAUUCCCGGAGAUUUCAAUUUUGACAUGGGGAAGAACCGUGAUAUAAUCCUACAAAAACAAUCCGGAAAGCUGAGGCGUAUUAGCGAGAUUCAUCCGUCGUAUAUCCCACUACAAUAUCCUACGUGUUUCGUUUAUGGAGAAGAUGGUUUCAGGCUUGGAAUUAAGAAAGCAGAUUCAGUUUACGGGAAAAAAAAUAAGAAGGAAAACAUCUCUGUUAGACAGUUUUUUGCUUUCCGUCUAUUUGAAAGAACAAAAGAGUCUAACCAUCUCUUACACUCGAGGAGGCUGUUUCAGCAGUACUUGGUCGAUACCUACACCAUGAUUGAGACUAACAGGCUUACCUAUCUGCGGAUGAACCAGACAAGCUUGAGAUCAGACAGUUAUGACUCAAUCAAACAAGCUGAAGACGCAGGUGUCAUUGAAAUGGAGGAACAAGGUAAUAAGUUUUACUUGCAUGCGUCUUUCACUGGAGGACCAAGGUAUAUGAGGGAGUUAUAUUUCGAUGCGAUGGCGAUAUGCAGACAUUAUGGUUUCCCGGAUUUGUUCAUCACAUUUACAUGCAAUCCUAAAUGGCCAGAACUAACCCGAGAGCUUGAUGGUACAAAUCUGAAACCUACGGAUAGAGCUGAACUCAUCUGCAGGCUGUAUCAUAUAAAACUAGCGUCACUCAUGGAAGACUUGACGGAUAAUGGACUCCUAGGCCAAACAGUUGCGUCAAUGUAUACAAUAGAAUUUCAAAAACGAGGACUGCCACAUGCUCACAUUCUUCUGUUUAUGCAUCAGAAGUGCAAGUUUCCAACUACGGAUGAUAUCGAUAAGAUUAUAUCAGCAGAGAUACCAGAUAAGGUGGAGGAGCCAGAACUAUAUGAAGUUGUGAAGGAUAUGAUGAUUCACGGUCCUUGCGGUAAUGUGAACAUAAACUCACCAUGUAUGGAAAAUGGAAAAUGUUCAAAGCUAUUCCCGAAAGCUCAUGCAGAGAGAACCAAGAUAAGCAAAGAUGGCUUCCCAAUAUACAGGAGACGGGACCAGCCAGGUGUGUUUAUCGAGAAGAAUGGUUUCAAGUGUGACAACCGAUACGUGAUUCCAUAUAACAGAGCUCUGUCCAUCCGUUACAAAGCUCACAUCAAUGUAGAAUGGUGUAACCAGUCAGCUGCUAUUAAGUACUUAUUUAAGUAUAUCAACAAAGGAUCAGAUCGUGUUGCUGUCGUUGUUGAGUCAGCUGAGCAGGCCACACUUGGUGAAGAAGCACGGCAGAAAAAGAAAAAUGGGAGACCUACUAAUGGAGCUAAGCAGACUGAAGAUAGUUCUGAGUCCACUGAGAAGGUUGAGCAGGUUAACGAGAUUAAAGACUAUUUUGAUUGCCGGUUUGUAGGUGCUACAGAAGCUGUAUGGAGAACACUGGGGUUUAAAAUACAUCAUAGAUCUGUGUCUGUGGUUAAACUCACUUUUCAUUUAGAAGGGAAACAGUUGGUUAUCUUCAAAGGGAAGGACAAGCUGGAAAGGGUUGUUACACGAAAACUGAUCGAGAAGACUAUGAUGUUGGCUUGGUUUCAGCUGAAUUUGGAAAAUGAGUUUGCUAGAACGCUAACCUAUGUUCAGAUUCCAAAUUUCUUUGUAUAUAUUGCUAGCCAGAAACGUUGGAAAGAAAGGGAGACAGGUUUUGCAAUUGGCAGAAUCAACUAUGCCCCAAGGAAGAUUGAAGAUGCUUAUUAUUGUCGAGUGUUGCUAAAUGUUGUCCGUGGUCCCACAUGUUUUGACGACAUCAAGACAUACAAUGGAGUGCUAUAUCCGAGCAACAAGGAUGCGUGCUAUGCCAGGGGUUUGUUAGAGGAUGACCAAGAGUACAUUGAUGACAUUCUCAGGAGAAGCUUCACGACUUCUGCAGCUCAACUUCGGCAGUUAUUCGUCACCAUGCUUAAUUCCGACAGUUUAACUUCUCCAGAGCUGGUUUGGAAAAAUACUUGGGAGGCUCUUUCAGAGGACUUACAAAUGAUUAGAAGACGCGAGCUUAAUAGACCAGAAUAUAUAUUGAGUGAUGAAGACCGGAGAGAAUUGUGUUUGCAAGAGAUUGAAAACAUAUUAAAAAGGAACGGUGGAGAUUUCUCACGUUUUAAGACUAUGCCGAAGCCACGAAGAACUGUUGCAAGAGAGGAUAAUGUUUUAAUCGUCGACGAGAAAAGCUACAAUCAGAAAGAACAGAAAGAGAAUCACGAUAGAGAUUUGCCAAAGCUAACCGAUGAGCAGAAGAAAGUGUAUGACGAGAUUGUUGGUGCUGUUUUAGAGAGAACUGGAGGAGGGAGAACGGCUCAUUCCAGGUUUGGAAUACCAAUAAAUCCUCAUGAAACAUCAACAUGCAACAUGGAAAAAGGUGGAGAUCUCGCAAAUCUGGUGAAAGAAGCUUCUCUGAUUAUAUGGGAUGAAGCUCCGAUGAUGCAUAAGCAUUGUUUUGAGUCUUUGGAUCGCUCACUGUCUGAUAUUGUUGGUAAUGAAGAUGGGAAACCUUUUGGUGGAAAGGUUAUUGUCUUUGGAGGUGAUUUUCGACAGGUUCUUCCUGUGAUUCCUGGAGCCGGUAGAGCAGAGGUUGUAUGCUCUGCUCUGAACUCAUCUUAUCUCUGGAAGCACUGCAAGGUUCUCAAGCUAACCAAAAAUAUGCGAUUACUAUCUGACAACUUGACCGCAGAAGAAGCAACUGAUCUAAAGAAUUUUUCUAAAUGGAUUCUUGAUGUUGGGGAUGGUAAGAUAGAAGAACCUAACGAUGGAGAAGCUGAAAUAGAUAUUCCGGAAGAGUUUUUAAUAACUGAUGCAGAGGAACCUAUCGAAGCCAUAAGCAGAGAAAUAUAUGGAGAUGCUUCUGAUCUACAGGACAAUACAGAUCCCUUAUUUUUCCAAGGCAGAGCUAUUCUCUGUCCCACUAACGAAGAUGUCAACAUGAUCAAUGAAUACAUGCUCGAUAAGCUGAAUGGGGAGGAGAGAACCUAUCUAAGCUCUGAUACAAUAGAUCCUUGUGACACAGCCGCUAUUAACGACGAGGCUCUAAGCACGGAAUUCCUAAACAGCAUAAGAGUAGCUGGUUUACCUAAUCACGCUUUGCGACUGAAGGUUGGCUGUCCAGUUAUGUUGCUCAGAAAUAUUGAUCCCAUAGGAGGUCUAAUGAACGGAACGAGAUUGCAGAUAACUCAAUUAGCUGAUUUUAUGGUUGAAGCUAAAGUUAUAACAGGAGAUAAGGUCGGUGUGAAGGUUAUUAUUCCUAGGCUUUUGAUUACUCCAUCGGACACCCUACUUCCUUUCAAGAUGAGGAGAAGACAACUUCCUUUAGCUGUUGCAUUCGCAAUAACCAUCAACAAGAGCCAGGGUCAGUCUUUAUCACAGGUUGGGAUAUUCUUGCCAAGGCCUGUUUUCUCUCAUGGACAGCUUUACGUCGCAAUCUCCAGGGUAACCUCCAAGAAGGGAUUGAAGAUCUUGAUCGUCGACAGCGAAGGGAAGCCGCAGAGGAGAACAACCAAUGUUGUUUUCAAAGAGGUUUUCAAGAACCUCUAA